AGACUAAUAAUUUUUCAUUGAGCGCUUGUUGUGAAUCAGGCACUGAGUACUAAGCCUUGGAGAAAUAAGGGAAACAAGUCCUUCCCUGUGUCAUACUGUGUCUACGGUAGCCCUUGCCCUGGUCCCAGUGUGUUCCUAAUCUACCAUAUAAGGAGAGGCAGCUGCCUGGGAUGUCCCAGGAUCUAAAGAUAGCGGCCCCUGCCUGAGACUCCAAACGCCACUCAGCAGAGGGAGCCGCCAUGGCACGGCAGCAUGCCCGGACCCUGUGGUAUGACAGACCCAAGUAUGUGUUCAUGGAGUUUUGUGUUGAGGACAGUACUGAUGUCCAUGUGCUCAUUGAGGAUCACCGAAUUGUGUUCAGCUGCAAGAAUGCUGAUGGAGUGGAGCUGUACAAUGAGAUCGAGUUCUAUGCCAAGGUGAACUCCAAGGACUCCCAGGAUAAGCGCUCUUGCCGCUCCAUUACUUGCUUUGUGAGGAAAUGGAAGGAGAAGGUGGCCUGGCCCCGGCUCACCAAGGAGGAUAUCAAGCCAGUGUGGCUAUCUGUGGACUUUGAUAACUGGAGAGACUGGGAAGGGGAUGAGGAGAUGGAGCUGACUCAUGUGGAACAUUAUGCAGAGCUUUUGAAGAAGGUCAGCACCAAGAAACCACCCCCUGCCAUGGAUGACCUGGAUGAUGAUUCUGACAGCGCUGAUGUGACAAGUAAUCAACUUCUGUGACAGUACAGCUGGGGAGGAGGCUGUGGCUAUCUUCCAAUUGCUUUGAAAAGUUAGGGCCUGGAGCUUUGUCAGCUCUUUGGCUAGGCAACAAGGUUGCGAUCUCUGAUCUUUCCUGGAAGCUCCUUAUUAAGGAUACUCUUUCAUGCUUUGUGUCUUCCUCCUAGGCACUUGACUGUGCUGCUGUAUCAGAUGGAAGGAUGGGGGAGGAGUAGACUGGUGGGACUUCUGACUUCCUGCUGAUUGGUUCAUAAUCUCUAUGUUCGGGCUGCUUGAUUAUUUGAGUAUGUAUGUAUAUGUGGAGGGCAAAAGCAAAAGAAGAAAUAUACAAAUUAUAAUAAAUCACUAGUAUGUAUAUGUAUAGGACAAAGCAAAAGCCAAAGAAGAAACAUAGAUUAAAAUAAAUCUCUAGAUUGUACCCCUUGAUUGCACUAAUGUACACAGCUAUGAUUUAACAAUAAAAAUAAAAUAAAAUGGAAAAAAUAAAUAAAUUUUUAACCUAGAACUAAGACAAAAAAAAAAAAAAUCUCCAGGGCGGUGCCUGUGGCUCAGUGAGUAGGGCGUCAGCCCCAUAUACUAAGGGUGGCAGGUUCAAACCCGACCCCCCCAAAAACAGCCAGGCAUUGUGGCAGGUGCCUGUAGUCCCUGCUACUCGGGAGGCUGAGGCAAGAGAAUCACCUAACCCAAAAGCUGGAGGUUGCUGUGAGCUGUGAUGCCACAGCACUCUAUGAGGGUGAGAGAGUGAGACUCUGUCUCUAAAAAUAAAUAAAUAAAUGAGGAAAAAUGAAUCUCUAGGAACUUUUCUCUCUCUCUUUUCUUCUUGUAUUUCUUCCUCCUGGUAGCAAGCCUCUUUUCCCUCAGGAGUUCCUCUCAAGGAGGUAGGGUGGGUGUCAGAGAUCCUGGCCCUCAUUGUUGAGAUUGGAAGAAGAAUGAUGUUGGGGUCAGGUUUCUAACCAAGCUGGGGUUCUUCCUCUUGCCCAUAUCUGUACUCUGAUUUCUUUCUUUCUUCUUCUUUUUUUAAAAUGUACUCUGAUUUCUUACAGCUAAUAUUGUUACCCUAGAACCAGCUGCCUUGGCUUUCUGUACAUUCCAGAAAUCUGUUUAUACUUCUAAAACUAAUUAUAACACUAGUUAAUGUCUCUGCUUUGCUCCUCCAUUCAACAGCUAUUCCACUGAUCCACAAGCUUCUUUUGGGGGGACAGAGUUUUACUAUGUCACCUUCCUCAGUAGAGUGCUGUGGUGUCACAGCUUACAGCAACCUCAAACUCUUGGGCUUAAGCGGUUCUCUGGCCCUAGCCUCCCAAGUAGCUGGGACUACAGGUACCUGCCACAACUCCGGCUAUUUUUUGUUGGUAGUUGUCAUUGUUGUUUAGCUAGCCUGAU